AGAGGAGAGACAGGAGAGAAGAGGAGAGGAAGGAGGGAGGAUGAGGAGGAGGGGCCGACGCUUGCCGCUGAAAGCCUGCCCGAGUGUCUGGAAGCUUCAGGAAAACAUGCUCUCUGGAAUUUAACACCCAAACUGACACUGACAGGAGGACAUUUCCAUUAAAAUGGACCACGGUCCAUCACUAUUGCCUGACGUUGACUUGUCUCAUUGAAGAAGAAUAACAGACUACUACUAAAGAAGGAGAACAUGCUGACUCUGCCUUUUGAUGAUCCGCCCUCCCACCAGACCAGCAGUCCCUUCAGGACCGGAUGGGCCGCCAACCACUUUGUGAAAUCGGUUAAGCCAGAGCCUGGCAGAGACCCGGAGGACACAUUUGAGUCCAGAAGAGAGAAGGGAGAGAGGGAUGACAGAGAGGAGGAAGAGGAGGAAGAGGAACAAGGCGCUGGUCAGAGAAGAAGGGGUUCAUAUAAAAAGAAAGGGAGUCAGGCCCGGCUGGAGCGAGUCCGGCUGCGGCGCAUCGAGGCCAACGCCCGGGAAAGGAACCGCAUGCACAGUCUGAACAACGCGCUGGACCGCCUGAGGAAAGUGGUUCCCUGCCAGUCCAAGACGCAGAAGCUGUCCAAAAUAGAGACGCUCCGCCUGGCCAGGAACUACAUCUGGGCCCUCGGCGAGAUCUUAAACGCAGGGAAGAGACCGGACCUGCUCACGUUCGUCCAGACUCUGUGUAAGGGUCUCUCCCAGCCCACCACUAGCCUGGUGGCCAGCUGUCUGCAGCUCAACCCCCGCAGCAGCAUCUCGGAGCCAGGCGGGGAGACCUUCCCUCUCUACCCAGCCUACCACCACCACCACCCCCACCACGGGGCUGAGGCAGUGGGCUGCAGCUCGGCGGACCGCGGCAGGCCCCUGGGCUCCCUCUGCGGCCCCUACGAGUCUCUGUAUGACAGUCCCUCUCCGGACGGCUCCAGCCCUCUGGACGCAGGGACCCUGAACCCGGCCGUCAACUUCAACGGGAUUUUCUCCCUGAAACACGAGGAGCCGGUGGACUACCGGAGCUGUCACUACGGCCUCCACUACUGCUCCGUCAGCCAGGGCCCCCCCGCAGACCUGGAGCCGCACGACAUCCGCCUCCGGGGCCAGUUCUACCAGGUGCAGGAGGAACUCAACAAGCCUUUCACUAAUUAAUGAACUAUGUAUGUAGAGAUGUUGAUUAAUUGGAAACCCCAAAUCAUCCCGCUGAUAUUUUGGGGGGCCACUUGGUAGGGCUGCACAAUACGUUUUUUUUUGUUUUUUGGAUCAUCAUCGUCAUAUCAACAGGCGCAAUAAACACAUUGUGAAAGAAAAUAUCAGCAGGAAACUGCUGCAAUGAUUUCAUUUGUUUCCAAAUUCGACAAACAGUGUGUUGUAUUUUAUCAGAAUACGUGAAGAAGAACUGAGAAAUCUGUUUGUAUAUUACAAGUAAUAUUGUAAUCGCAAUGUCAAACAACGUUAUUCUAUGUAACAUAUUUUCCUCAUAUCAUGCAGCCCUACCGCUUGGCUGCAGCCAUCUGAUGAAUGAUAAUUGAUAAAUUAAAAUAUAAAAAUAAAAAAAAAUUGCCUGGGGAGCAACGCCUUUUGACGAGGAAUGCUGUGGCCUUGGAAGGAAAAUGCACACACACACACACACACACACACACACACACACACACACACACAGGGUACCCGUGGGGUCUCAAAAGUCUUAAAAAUGUCUUAAAUAUGAUUUAGAAAAAAAAAGGCCUUAAAAGUCUUACAUUUCUUUAGAAAGUCUUACAUUUUGUCCCCAAAGGUCUAACAUUUGUAUUUUCCUCUCAUAACAUUAAAUAACUGUGUAUUUCAGUAAGUUGAAGUAGUACUUGGUAAACUAUCAUUUACCUUAUAUCAUUAUAAUUAUACCAUUAUAUCCAACAUACUUGCCAGUAUGUUCUUAAAAUUUGGAUUAAAUUUCAUUCUAAAUUGUGUUAAAAAGGUCUUAAAAAGACCCGGGGGUACCUCGCACACACACACACACACACACACACACACACACAUGCAUACAGUAUGCUUACAUACACGCAGACACACAGGCGGGCACAUGGCAGCCAUAUUUAGCAUUUUUGUUUGGUUUUGAUCCGUUUGGUUUUGAAGUUGACGCUGGUAUUUUUAUUAAAACGGAAAAGAAAGGCACAGGGAACUAUGCAAUCAGCAUUUCUCAUCACAAUUAAUAAUAAUGUAAUUCGUUAAAGAAUGAUCAAUGGAUUUUUUUCCUUUUGAUUUUAUGAAAAGUAUUGAUUGAAACGUUCAUUGAGAAAAAGAAAAUAACUAACAUAUGUUUUUCUAUGGGAAGCUGGAAUUAUUCCCGACUGUAGGCUGUGUUAGUGGAACAGCCAUUAGGGCCUCACUCAUUCAGAUGGUACUGUGGUGGUAAUGAUGUCGCCUCACACUCAGGCCUCACCAUGUUAAUAAGAAGAUUCCUCCACAAUUCAAUAAAGCUAAAUAAAUAUACCCACUGCUGCUAUUUAAAAUAAAUUGGAAUUUAUUCAGACUUAAUGUACUGUCAGAUGUUUGGCCACUGCUGGGCCGAUGCAAGAAUGUGCCGUUGAAAUGUGUCAUCGAUGUCCUCUCCUUAUUCGGCCCUCAGUGAGUGUAAGGCCUCCUGCACUUUGCCUGCGUGGCUUGAGCGUGUCAGCUGAGUGGCGUGAGCGUGAGCAUGGCAUGAGCGUGUUGUGAGCGUGCCGUGAGCGUGGCGUGAGCGUGGC